GAACAGCGGAGGCACCUCUCAAGUCUUAGACCGCAGAGUCUAAGGCUUAGCGAGAGGCGCCUAAGAGGAGACAGAUUAUUUUUCCCUUCUCUUUUUUCGGGCGUUUGGAAAGGCAAGCAGAGGCGCGGAGCUUCAGAAAGUUCUUGAGUGGUCAGGAAGGUAGGUGCUUCCUUUUCUCUCCUGACAGAGGUGGGACUGGGACCUCUGGACCCAGCUUCUCACCUCUCAGGGUGCACCUUUUUCGGUUGUAGCAGCCAAUGAGCCUUGGGGCCACUCUCUGCGGAGCCAGAGGGCAGGUCGGCUUCUCGGUGCGCGCCUAAGAGGAUGGAUCGCAGGUCCCGGGCUCACCAGUGGCGCCGAGCUCGCCAUAAUUACAACGACCUGUGCUCGCCCAUCGGCCGCCGGGCAGCCACCGCGCUCCUCUGGCUCUCCUGCUCCAUCGCGCUCCUCCGCGCCCUCGCCUCCUCCAACGCCCGUACCCAGCAGCGCGCGGCUGCUGGGCAGCGCCGGAGCUUUCUUAACGCCCACCAUCGCACCGGUGCCCAGGUACUGCCUGAGUCCCCUGAAUCCGAAUCCGACCACGAGCACGAGGAGGGAAACCUUGAGCUGUCCCUUCCCGAGUGCCUAGAGUACGAGGAAGAGUUUGAUUACGAGACGGAAACCACCGAGACCGAGACCGAGACCGAGACCGAGACCGAGUCCGAGACCGAGACCGAGACGGAGACCGAGACCGAGUCCGAAAUCGAGUCUGAGACCGACUUCGAGCCCGAGCCCGAGCCCGAGACCGCCCCUGCUACUGAGCCCGAGACCGAGCCAGAAGACGAGCGCGGCCCCCUCAAGGGCUCCACCUUCAACCAGUCUCUCACCCAGCGUCUGCACGCUCUGAAGUUGCAAAGCCCCGACGCCUCCUCGAGUCGCGCACAGCCCACCACUCAGGAGCUCUACAGCUCCAGCGAGGGGGAGGAGUCCGAGCCCGAGGAGAAGGAUCCGAGGGACCCCGAAGAGUCUGAAGAGCCCAAGCAGAAGAAGCAGCGCCGCUGCAAGCCAAAAAAGCCCACCCGCCGCGACAAAUCCCCGGAGUCCCCUUCCAAAAGGGGACCCAUCCCCAUCCGGCGUCACUAAUGGAGGACGCCGUCCAGAUUCUCCUUGUUUUCAUGGAUUCAGGUGCUGGAGAAUCUGGUAAAAGCACCAUUGUGAAGCAAAUGAGGAUCCUGCAUGUUAAUGGGUUUAAUGGAGAGGGCGGCGAGGAGGACCCGCAGGCUGCAAGGAGCAACAGCGAUGGAAUAUAUUACCCCUAGAUGAUGCUACAGUCGCUCAUCUUCCCGGCCAUGUCCUAUCACAAUUGCAUGCUGGAGUCCUUCGGUCUUAGGAGCUUCUAAUAAGAAUACUAUUCUGUUAUCUGGGGGUGGGGGGAGUGGGGCCCUACCUAUCACCUCACCUUUAAAGAUACCUAAAAAACUCCUUGAUUGGCAAAAAUGUAGUAGAAUAGCAGCCAAAAGGCAUCUAUAUCUAUAGGAAAAGUGAUUGAUAAGUCAUCUGUACCAGAAGUUGGCACCUGAGAACUAAGACAUCCUAUUGAACAACCCUACUGUGCACUAGAUGUUGUGCUAGCCCCUCAAGCCCUACUAAUACCUUCCUGCACGUCUCUGAUUCUGCUCUACAAGUUAACAUAAGUAUUAACAUUCCUGAUAAAUAAAAAUUCUCUGCAUGUCUCAGCAUCCCUG